AAGAAAAAAGAAAAAAAAAAAGGAGAAAUUAAUAUCAAGGCGCAACGAGGCGCUAAAAGUGGGAGAGACAUCCGGGGACGACGACUGACGGCAGGUGCAUACUCUCCUGCUGACCACCCUUUAGGGAUGGGUGACGUUCGCGGCGGCGGCGGGGGGAAUCGCCCAGCGUGGCUGCAGCAAUACGAUCUGGUUGGUAAGAUCGGAGAGGGAACCUACGGUCUGGUUUUCCUGGCACGGACCAGCCACCGCAAGGGCUGCAUCGCCAUCAAAAAGUUUAAGCAAUCGAAGGAGGGCGAUGGAGUAUCCCCCACCGCUAUUCGCGAGAUCAUGCUAUUGCGAGAAACUUGUCACGAAAAUGUUGUCAAACUAGUGAAUGUACACAUCAAUCAUGUGGAUAUGUCGCUCUAUCUUGCGUUUGAUUAUGCUGAACAUGACCUUUAUGAAAUUAUCAGACAUCACCGGGAGAAGCUCAAUCACCCCAUUCACCAAUACACUGUAAAAUCAUUGCUCUGGCAGUUGCUUAAUGGUCUGAACUAUCUUCACAGUAACUGGAUUAUACAUCGGGAUCUCAAACCUUCAAAUAUUCUGGUGAUGGGGGAGGGGGAAGAACAUGGAGUUGUAAAGAUUGCUGAUUUUGGACUUGCCCGAAUAUAUCAAGCUCCACUAAAACCGUUGUAUGAAAAUGGGGUUGUAGUAACUAUUUGGUACCGGGCUCCUGAACUGUUGCUUGGAGCAAAACACUAUACAAGUGCUGUUGAUAUGUGGGCUGUUGGAUGCAUUUUUGCUGAGUUAUUGACUUUGAAACCAUUAUUCCAAGGAGUAGAAGUCAAAGCUACUCCUAACCCUUUUCAGCUUGACCAAUUGGACAAGAUAUUCAAGGUUCUAGGGCAUCCUACACCUGAAAGAUGGCCUACUUUGGUUAAUCUUCCAUAUUGGCAAAAUGACCAGCAGCAUAUUCAGGGUCAUAAAUAUGAGAACCAUGGCCUGCAUAAUUUUGUUAAUUUGCCACAGAAAAGCCCUGCGUAUGAUCUCCUAUCAAAGAUGCUGGAGUAUGAUCCUCGAAAGCGUAUAACUGCAGCACAAGCACUUGAGCAUGAGUACUUCCGCAUGGAUCCUCUGCCAGGACGGAAUGCUUUAGUGCCAUCUCAGCCAGGAGAAAAAACUGUUAAUUACCCUGCUCGUCCUGUCGAUCAGACUGCAGAUUUUGAGGGAACAGUUCCUGUCCAACCUUCUCAGCCGGUACCAAAAGUGUCUUCUGCAAAUGCUGCUUCCGGAAAUGUUGCAGCAUCUGUUGGUCCUUCGAGAUCCAUGCCUCGGCCUAUACAUAUGGUUGGGAUGCAAAGGAUGCCAAACGCAAACAUGACAUCUUUCAACGUUGCAUCCCAAGCUGGCAUCGCUCCUCCAAAUUCUGGUGGUCUUCCUUUGCAAAGAGGUGGAGCUGGUGCUCAUGGCCAUCAGCAACAGUUGAGACGAAAAGAUCCAGGAAUGGGAAUGCAGAAUCCUAAUUAUCCUCAACAGAAAAGGCGUUUUUGAGAUAAAUGCAGAUUUUUUAAUCUGAAGAUUUCUCAAGACAAGAAUUGACUGCAGCAUCAUUACAGAAGAUAACGGAAGAAAGAAGCUGUUUCUAUGAUUUCUGAACCAAUAUCAUCAUCCAACAAUGAAAAAGGAAUGCAAAAAAAAGAAACCAUUAUGUAAACUGGCUUUCUCAUGGGAGGCAACAGCACUCUGUGACAGAAUAGUAAAAUCGUUUAAUCAACUUUAAUUUGUUCUGGGAUAAUUUCCAUUUCCUACUGGAAUAAACAUUUUCUCAUGACCGCUGGCGUAGCCAGAUUCAUAUGGAAUGGCCUUUUCCUGUAA